GUUACAGCUGGGCACACUGGAAAAUAAACGAAACAGCUGUGCUGCUUGUUGACGUUUACUACUUUCAAUAAACACUGUUAAAUGCUAUAAUGGACUUGAUUAUUCUGGUGGGCAUUGCCACAGCUUUGCUGGUCGUUAUUAUCACUCUGUACUUGCUGCAGAAGAAGAAUUCAAGCACAGAAGCAAAACCUGCGGCAGCUGCUCCGCAACGUGGCGUCCCACAGCGCGCCCAGGAAGGGGUCCCGCGACGUGCCCAAAUAGCUCGUAACCAACGGAACAGACUGCGGCAGAACGCUCCGCCAGCUGCGGCAGCUCCUCAAGCAGAAGCUCCAGCGGGCUCAGACAAUGAAGAUGAACCACAUCCUGAUGGCGAAGGAGCUCGAGUUCCACAGGGCGCUGUCCUCGACGAGAAGAUGGGCGCCAAGAAGCGAGCCAAAAUGGAGGCCAAAGAGGCUAAACGAGUCCAGCGCGAACAAGAGUUGUACGAUCGUGAGCAGCGGAAGGCCAAGGAGGCUAAAGAGGAUGCUGAACGUAAACAACAGGAGGAGAUUGAGGCAGAGGCGGAGCGCAAGAAGGUCGAAGCCGAGCGCUUGGCAAAGGAAGAACGCGAGCGUAAAGAACACGAGGAGUACCUGAAAAUGAAGGCUGCUUUCAGCGUAGAAGAAGAGGGUUUCGAGGAGGGGGAUGCUGAUGAACAGGACAGUCUUCUUGCUGAUUUCAUUCAGUAUAUUAAGGACAACAAAGUUGUCGUGCUGGAAGACCUAGCCGUCGCUUUCAAACUUAAGACUCAACAGGCAAUCGACCGCAUCCAGGAGCUUCAGGCUGACGGUACCAUCACUGGCGUCAUUGACGAUCGAGGAAAAUUCAUAUAUGUUUCCGAGGAAGAAUUGGUUGCCGUCGCCAAGUUCAUUAAGCAACGCGGACGAGUCUCCAUCGCUGAACUGGCCGAGAGCAGUAAUAAUCUGAUAAACUUGACGCCAGUCUCCGCAGAGGGUAGCUCUUGAUUAGAUUUGUUAGCUAAUUAUAAAUGUAAUUUAUAUUUAGGUGCGAUCUGUUGAUAUAAUAAAAAGAACAAAGGUAAAAACAA